AUGACCCACGCAUUUAAAAUUAUAUUGGCUCUGGUGGCUUUGAUCACUGUUGCUCGUGCCGCUGACAUUAAUAUUACUGCCACGAAAGACUUAAAAUUUGUACCUGACAAUGUCGAAGUUAAGCCUGGUGAUAAAGUUACAUGGAUGCUUGAUGACCCUAAUGAUCCGCAUACUGUUACUCAAUCUGAUCAAGCUGAUUGCACUCCUUCAACAAAUAAAAAUGCCUUUAACUCUGGAGGUGCAUUAAAUGCUUCUGGAUUUUCUUUUACGAUUCCUUCGGAUGCAACGCCUGGCAAUCUUUAUUAUUUUUGUAGCAUGCCUGGUCAUUGUCCUGCUGGAAUGAAGGCGAUUUUAGUAGUUACUGGAACCAACUCAACAAAUGGCAACACCACCACACAUGGCAAUACGACAAGUAACGGUAAUUCUGCUGUUUCUGGAACCAAUUCUACUUCCAAUCCCUAUUAUUCUAGCACGAGUAAACCAAAUUCUGCUAAAAGCUCUUUUGGAAUGGCAUUAUUUUUAUUGAUUUCUGCUCUUUAUUGUAAUAUUCUUUAA